GAGAGAGAGAACUGUCAGUAUACGGUAGUAGUUACUAUCCUUCCGAUUGAACACCGUACAUUCAUUUGGCUUGGCGAACAAUCUCACGAAUCAGCGACACACAAGAGGCGCUGUAACUCUGUCCGUGACCCGAGCCCAGGCCAUGGACGAACAGGCAGGGCCCGGGGUUUUCUUCAACAACAACUCUAUCUUAUCGGGCGGUGGGAAAGGACUGCUACCGGAGGGCGACGCAGCGGAGGCAGCCAGGUCACCGUACAGUAUCCCGGGGAUCCUACACUUCCUGCAACACGAAUGGGCCCGCUUCGACGUGGAGAAGGUGCAAUGGGAGUUGCAACGCGCCGAAUUACAGGCCCAGAUAGCCUUCCUGCAGGGAGAGAGGAAAGGACAGGAGAACCUGAAGAAGGAUCUCGUCAGGAGGAUUAAGAUGCUGGAAUAUGCCCUCAAACAGGAGAGGUCCAAGUACCACAAGUUAAAAUAUGGAACGGAGUUAAACCAAGGAGACGUGAAACCUCCCAGCUAUGACUAUGACGAGGUGAUUGAGAAUGAGACUCCUGGGUCCUUGAACAACCAGUUGUCCUGGAAACAAGGCCGUCAGCUCCUCAGACAGUGA